AUGUCCCUGGGAUUCCCUUUCUACCGACCCACCACUCCUCCUGUUCAUUACCAGGAGCUGGCUGGUCAGUCGCAUAACCGCAACGCAUCGGACUCCUCUAUAUACUCCAACGAUUCGUCUCCCUGGUCUGCUGUCACCUCCGCUACGAGCCCGACGGUAGAUUCUCCUCCACGGUAUCAGCAUGGGCCUGCUCUCCUUCCGAGAAUCAGGCAUCAGGACGUCGUUAUCGAACCACCACCGGCGGCUGGACCCCAACGCCAUCGUCGGUUCUUGUCUAACACGCGGAACCCGCCGGGAUUCGUUCCAUAUCCACCACAACGUCCGUCGGUCCAGCGCAAUGUGGUUGAGGUAUCGGACAGGCUUGCCGCCAUCUCAUCUGCGCACACCUCUCCUGUCUACAAUUCCUACAAUGAAUCAACGCUUUCGUCCCCUGUGAGCAUGGUUCCAUCACACAAGCGCAAGGAAUCUGGCAAACAUUCACGCUCGGGAUCUGCUUCAAGUAUCGAUGAAGAGACCUUGAAAAGAUAUGGUUACCCAACCUACCGGCAGUUCCCAAAGUACCAUACGGCUCAACCUCAGCCUCAGCCUUCGCCAACCGCACCUAUCACACCGGCUACGCCCAACAUCAUGGUGUAUCCUCCACAUUUACGGGACUCUUCGGCCGAUCCCGGUAUAGUGAAGACCCAGGAAGUUACUGCGCACGCACCAAUUGCAAUCCCACCAUCCCCAUGCGGGUAUUCUCAAGUCCCUAGUGCCCAAUGUUCACCUAUUGGCCUUGUUCACCCUACUGUUAGCGCUUGUCCACAGUCGACCAGUCUUCUUUUGUACCUUACAAGCCCAACGCAAGCAAUCAAUCUAGUUCGCAAUGUGAGCGUAGCCCCUACUCGAGGCCUGCACGACUAUUUCUGGUGGGAUGUCCGGAACUUGCGCAGCUGGACCUCCUUCUCUUUGGACACUUUCGACUCAAUCAAGGGGCUCACAAAACUAUUGAAGACCGCGAUUCCUUCGAAUAUGACCCCUCCAGCUGUAGUGCAGAACAAUCGUUUGUCUCCAGACUCGGAAGCUGCACUCAUUAGUCUUGUCCAAGAUAUCUACGCCCCGCGAGUGAAUGCUGCCCUCGGGGUAUCCCUGGGACCCGAGCAUCUAUCUCUUUACCCAGCUCCAGCUCCUCGAGCUUCAGCAAACAACAAAAACUACGGCGGACCACACUUUCUAGCCAACUACUCCUCAGACAGUGAACAAACCGCCGCAGGUCUACCUCGCGGCCGCCUUGUUGGGAUAGCCAAGAGCUUUGACCGCUGGAAUACAGGGAUGCGUAAUGAAGCGCCUCAUCGCCGCGUGGAGUACCUCAACGGCCUUGCUCAUCUCCAGCGAUGCAUGCGAGAACAUUCCUGCCGCUACGGUUUCAUAAUUACUGAGAUCGAACUCGUCUGCGUGCGAGCAGGCUGCGAUCUGGGCGACGACGUUCCUUAUUUCGGGUUUCUGGAGGUCUCCGCGCCAAUUCCAACCAACAUUGCAGCCAACGCAAGCGGAUUCGGAGCUGGGAGCGGAUCGACUGCGUAUGCAUCACCUAGCUCGCCUGCUUCUUCCACCGAUAGCUCCCUAGAGAGUCAGUCACCACCGCUGCACCAUGAGGAGUACUCUCUCCCAGCACCAGAAGCCCUAAAUGCUCCCAUGACCGCAAGCUUAGCCUUAUACUUUCUACUCAUGCUCUCCAAAUCCGUCCCCCUUCCCUCUCAACCCUCUUCUCACCUCAAUGUCGGAGGACCGGGUGCGCUCACCCGACAACGGACCCUAACGGAGGGCAAAGACAAGUGGAUUCCCGAGCCGCAGAUUGGCGAAAAGCGCGAUGCGAAGAGGGUAAGAGGAUGGAUCUGGCCGCACGAUGCCUGGCAUCGACGGGAGGGUGGUGGAGCACCGAGGGCUCGGGCGACGACAGUUCCAGCGAAGCAGAAAAAAUGGCAUAAGUAG